AGGAGGAGUCUGGGGCGGGCCCGGGAUGGGGCCGUCCUGGCGGAUGAGCUUAAGCCCCGCCCCUAAAACGCGUCCCUGGCGGCUCUGAGAAGAGGAGGCGGACCGGGGGCGGGGCCGUCAUGGCGGACGAGCUAAGGCCCCGCCCCUGACACAAGUCCCCGGCGGCUCUGGAAGGAGGAGGAGGAGCAGGCGCUGCUGCGGCCGUCAUGGAGGACGAGCUGAAGCCGCGGCCCCGUGGCGGCUCCCGGAACCGGAGCGCUCGAGCCGCUCGCAGAGGCGCAGGUAGUAAAGAAACCAAUGCUUCAAAAAAUGAAGAAGCUUCUAAAAGGAAAGCUGAACUGGAGGCAGCUAUAAGAAAGAAAAUUGAAUAUGAGAGAAAAGCCUUGCAUAUUGUAGAACAACUUUUGGAAGAAGACAUUACAGAGGAAUUCCUUAUGGAAUCUGGGAAGCACAUUACAUCUGCACAUUACAAGGAUAUUGUGGAAGAACGCUUCAUCAUCCAUCUCUGUGGUUACCCUUUAUGUCACAACCAACUAGGAAAUGUACCAAAACAGAAAUAUAGGAUUUCUACCAAAACAAAUAAAGUUUAUGAUAUAACUGAAAGAAAGUAUUUCUGCAGCAAUUUUUGUUAUCGAGCAUCUAAAUACUUUGAAGCUCAGAUUUCCAAGAGUCCAUUGUGGGUUCGAGAAGAAGAAAGACCUCCUGAUUUUCAGCUGCUAAAGGAAGGACAAAGUGGUCAUUCCGGCGAAGAAGUCCGCUUAUGCGAUGAGGCCGUUAAGACAUCGGACAUUGAGAAUCCUGACCGAUUGAGAAGCCAGGAUGAGUCGGGUUCCUCCAGCACUGACAGUCAUAGUAGCAGUGAUGAUGAGCAGGGAUUUGUUUCCUCGAUUCUACCAAGAAACAAACCGAAUGGGACUCCUGGAAGGCAGCAGCCAUCUCCAAAAAGCAUCCUGAAAAAAAGGCCUGGCCAGGAAGCCAGCUCUGGACACCGAGACAAAGACCCAGGAGCAGCAGACGUGGCUGAGCAAUUGAACAGGUGUACGUUGGCCAGCCAGGAAGAGAGCUCCUCUGCCCUUUGUCUGCAAGAGGAAGACACCUGCGAUUCCCCAAAUUUCUCCUCAGAAAAAAGAGCCUCAAAAAACUCUCCAGAUGGCUGUGACAAUGCCCAGAUAGCUCUAGUGGGCAUAAGCAAAAAAGGAGCAGAGCAAUUUAGGAAGAAAUUUGCAAAGUUGACUCAGAGUGCUCACUCAAGUUCUGGGCCAUUCCCGGUGGAUCCCGCCAAUGCCAAAGCAGGCUUGUUCCAAGUCCUCAAGGAGACUUUGGUGGAGUGGAAGACAGAAGAAACGCUCAAGUUUUUACAUGGCGAGAACUAUGUCCCUAUCCCUGCGACAGCCUCACCAUCUCCUGCUGUGGUGGAGGGUGAAGGGAAGGGCGAGGAGGGUCAAGGACCAGGGCCAGAGAGUCACCUGUUAGCUGCCGGACAGCUGUCUCACAACACCCUGGAUCAGUCUCUACCCUUUAGUGACUCGGGUGCCGCCAUUCGCCCACUGCCAAGUUAUGAGAGCCUAAAAAAGGAAACGGAAGCACUGAAUUUGAGGAUUAGGGAAUUCUAUAGAGGAAAAUAUGUUCUGGAUGAACAGCCCCCCAAAGCAGAAACCACAGAUAAGAGAGAUCCCACAUUUCCACUCAUAGAUUCAAGUUCUCAGAACCAAAUUAGAAGACGCAUCGUGCUUGAAAAAUUGACUAAAGUAUUGCCUGGAAUCUUGGGUCCUCUUCAAGUUACACUGAGUGAUAUCUAUACCGAACUUAAAAAUCUUGUCCAGACUUUUAGGUUAACAAAUAAAAAUAUCAUUCACAAGCCUGCAGAGUGGACCCUAAUUGCUAUUGUAUUAUUUUCAUUGUUGUUCCGGAUGACGCCCGUGCAGAAGCAGACCCAGAAGAAGGCCGUGUACACACAGUUCAUCGCCACCUUACUUGAAGAGUUACAUUUCAAGAGUGAAGACCUUGAAAAGUUAACCGGGCUGCUUACAGCUUACUCCUCGAUAGAGUGAUGCAGUCCAUGGAGAGAGGGCAGAAAAGGGACCGCACGCCUUCUCCCAGGCCGGGCGCUUCAUUGCUUACCCAGAGUCUGCAGCUUUGAUUUUCCUGGUUCAAGUCUCGGUGUCAGAAUUUGAAUGAGCACCUAAGAAGAGGUUCAUCGACCUGACCCAGCGCCCAUGGAAGGCGACUGACAGGAAGCAUCACCAAUCUGGGCCGUGGCACCCCUUAGCCACCAAGUGUCAAUAAAGGGCGUUUUAACAGGAAGCUCCGUCCCUUCUCCUCGAAAAGCUAUGACUCAUGAGCUUACAGGGGACACGGCGGCCCCAAGGCAAGCCCGAAGCCGAAGUAGCUUUGCUGAGAUUUCAGUGAACCUGAAAUUGUCCUUAAUUUUCUAGAAAAUCAUUUCCUAAAAGAGCUUGGCUUGUCAAAUGGCAUAAAUCAGGCGUGACGCCAGACUUGGGGAGUGCCGUCAGGUUCUUGUGCCGUCGUGUCCGGCUCGCCUGUUUGGAGCAUUUGCCGUCGGCUUCUCCAGUGUCGGCUUGCCCAGGCUCAUAGGGCCACAGUAUGUCCCAGGCCAGAUUUGAACCCUGUCCCCUGGGCCACGAAGCUGCCCUCAGUCAGUCUGGAGAGGCUAGGCAGAAGGGAAGACUGAGGACUUUGUGAAAGGCAGCCUCCAGCAGUAGCAAGCAAGGGAGCCUCUUCUCCAGACUCCAGCUGGUUCCUGGAGGCUCUGAAUAAGCUAAGAUUGCCCCAAGGGAGGGAACCAUCCUGGAAAGCAGCUUCCACCUGAAGCAGCCCCGGAUCUCUCCUCUACCCAUACAGUCACAACCUAGCAUAGACUCUUCUCCCUGCCUCGUCCGUCCUGCUCCAAAGUGUCACCCUCUGCCAAAGUGACUUCCCUAAAAUUCAAGUCCAGCCACGUCGCUCCCUUACUCUAUAAAUUUCAGUGGCUCUCAGUACUACCUCCAUCAUCAAACAAAAUCCUCUGACAUUUAAAACUUUACAGCUGAGUCCUUUCCCACCUUUCCAAUCUUAAAUGUCACAAUCCACAAAACAAAUCCUAUCACACCCACUAGCUAGCUCCCCCCAGCACCCCAUUCUCCCAGACACGGUUUUUCAUUGUCUGUCCCCCUUAGGCCAGAAAUUCUUUUCCUACUCACUUCCACCUCCUGGUUACCCAGUUCUUCAAGGCAGCCUUUCCACCUUCUGCUUUUCAUCAGCCUGCCCACUCCCGAGUGCCUUUCCUCUCUCAUAAUCCUACAUUGUAGAUAUCUUGUAGUACCUAGUUAUUUUCAUAUUGAGCUCCCUGGAGUUAGGGACAAUGAUUUUUCUUUUUGCAUUUGUAAUCCUAGUGCUUAGAAUGGGCCCUGACACACAGUAAGUUUUUAAUAAAUGAUUGUUGACUGAUCA